AUGGAGAGAGAAAGACUGAAGCGCUCAGAAGAAGAAGAAGAUGCCUUAGCUCGCAGCACAAAAAAGUUCAAGGAAAGCCAUCGCUCUCAAGAGACGAAUGAGAAAGGAACGGGGAUCAAAAUGGGGAGUUAUAAGGAUAAGCUGAUGGGUGCAAUUCCUGGUGCAUUUGCACAAGCAUUUGGCCUUGAAAGUUCAAUGCAAGAGGAUUUGGAGUUUGACAUUGAAGAGGAAAAUGAUCAGGAUGGUAGCCUUAGAAUUGGCUUUACCAAAGAAGAGAAGGUUCACAUGAGAGCACCAUGGCAAAAAGCUCUCAUCAUCAAAACCUUUGGGAGGAGAAUGGUGUUCUCAUUCCUCGUUGAGAGGGUGCGAAAGAUGUGGAAUCCAUGUGGUGGUAUGGACUGCAUAGAUUUGGGGUAUGACUAUUUCCUAGUGAAAUUUGAAUUAGAUGAAGAUGUGGAUUCUAUUCUUAUGGGGAGUCCCUGGUUCAUUAGUCAGCAUUUUCUUGCUAUUAGACAAUGGGAACCAGAGUUUAAGGCUUCCACAGCAACUCUUUCUUUGGUAGUAGUAUGGAUAAGGCUACUAGAGUUGCCCAUUGAAUUUUAUGAACCUAAUGCACUCCUGAAGAUUGGGAAAGCUAUUGGCCCGGUCCUGAGGAUUGAUUCUCAUAUAGCAAAUGGGGAAAGAGGCAGGUUUGCUAGAUUAUGUAUCCAAGUUAACUUGGACAAGCCGUUGGUAAGGAAGCUUUAUCUUGGCAAGCUUGAGCAGUACCCUCUGUUUCUCAUGUGGAAAGAUUGGCCACAAAGUUGA